AUGGAAGAUAGCGUAGUGGUAAAGAAGUCAUACUUUGUCAUGUUUUCUCAGGAAGAUAUUAAAGAUCACUACGAUUAGGAUAGGAUUAUUAAAAAUCAGACGUUAACCAUAUUGGUGAUGCAGUCAUCAAUGGCCUCCGUACUGAAAGUUCUACCAUUUUUCGAUUUCAGCCUAGAGGUUCUAUGUCACUUCUGGCACCUUCUGUCUCCUCCUUGCCUUGAGGGUUAAGUCUUAGUACUUAUGGAUUUCUGCUGCUAUGGGCGAUUGGAGUAACUUGAUUUCGCGGAUUAAAUGGAGUCUGUCUGGUGCCGAAGUGCCAUCCUUCGAUAGCUACAGGAAAAAGACUACUCCCCUGUGGCUUGGGCCGAAAUCCCCAGUUUAUCGGUAGAGGAAUGCCAUGGGUCCUCUGAUCCAAAGCACUUUGCUGAGCACCUCAAUUUCCAACCGCAGGAAAGCACCCAAAACCUACCCCAGAUACACAUCUCUUGAGCUUGCACUUGAUUCUCAGCUCCAGUCGGCCGUAGCCAUAAGGUCUGGACUGCUGCGCCAAGAGGGCAGGUUGACAGUGUCGCCAUUUUAAUAUAUAUUUAAAGAACACUACGAACUCGGAAAUAAGCUGGGGGAUGGAUCCUACGGAGUGGUUUAUGUUGCUACACAUAAAACGACGGGCCAAAUUAGAGCAAUUAAAUCAAUCCCUAAAUCCAGAAUCCGAAACCCUUCAAGAUUGGAAACAGAGAUCGGUAUAAUGAAGGACGCUGAUCAUCCAAAUGUUAUCAAACUCUAUGAAGUCUAUGAAAACUCAAGGAAUAUUUACUUAUUAUCACCAGCAAACUAUUCAGGGAAAAUCCUGAUUAAUUAUAAUAUUUCAUUGCCAUUAAUAAAUAAUAUUUUUUUAUAUAACUGUGUUAGUUAUGGAUUUUUGCACUGGCGGUGAGCUCUUCAACUACAUAAUCGAAAACAAGCGCGUAAGUGAACGAAUUGCAGCAGGGCUAUUUCACCAAGUCUUAAGCGCAAUAAGAUACUUGCACAUGCACGACAUUGUCCACCGAGAUCUAAAGCCAGAAAACCUGAUUUUCGCUUCUAGCCCCGCAUCUCAGUCCUCACUGAAAUUAAUCGAUUUUGGCCUUUCCAAGAUCUUUACCCCAGAAAGUAGCCCAAUGCUAACAAGAGCUGGCACGCCUUUCUACAUUGCUCCAGAAAUACUAGCCGGAAGAGGCUACGGAAAGUCCUGUGACCUAUGAAGCUGUGGUGUAAUCUUAUAUAUUUUGCUUUCAGGCUACCCUCCUUUCUUUGCCCGAAACGAAGCCGGAAUCCUCGAAAAAGUCAGAGCUGGGUCCUACAAUUUUGAUAGGCCAGAAUGGCAAAAUGUUUCUGAGCAGGCAAAAGACCUCAUAUCUAAUCUAUUAAAAGUUAACGUAGAAGAAAGAUUUGACGUUGAACAAGCUUUAGCUCACCCUUGGAUUGCUGCUCACGAAGAAUUACCUGACACUCCUUUAGACUUUAACGUCGAGUCUCUAAAAGAAUUCAGAGACGAAUGCAGACUUAAAAAAGCAGUUUUAAUGUGUAUUGCAACCCAAUGCUCAGAUAACGAAAUUAAUGAGCUUAGAAAUGCUUUUAUAAGACUUGACGCAAAUGGAGACGGAACCAUCACAUUAGGAGAGCUUGAGCAUGGGAUAUCAGGCUUAGGCGGCAUUGGAGAAAAUAUUGAAGGGAUCCUCAAAGGUAUGGACGUCGAUAAAAGUGGAAGCAUUGACUAUUCUGAAUUCUUAGCCGCCACUAUAGAUAAAAGCAUAUAUCUUCAAGAAGAAAGGCUACGAGGUGCUUUUGAAACUUUUGAUAGGGACCAAAGUGGGAAAAUCUCAGCUGACGAGAUCAGACAAAUUUUGGGAAAAGAAGGCAACCUAGAUUUGAGCAUGUAUGAAAGCUUGAUCAGAGAAGCUGACAAAAAUAAUGAUGGUGAAAUAGACUUCAACGAAUUUAUUUCUGUGAUGAACUCAAGAAGACUCAGCUCUUUAGGAAGAUCUUAA